AUGCCUCAUGACAAGUUUGAAAUACCAGGUAAUUUAACUCUUAUCCAGGCAAUCGAACUAUUAUACAAUAUCAUCAAAAGCCAAUACGGCAAUUUGAAGCAUCCCACCAAUCCAAGGGCCGAUCCCCCUUUGGCUGAACGUUACAAAUCAUUGAAUCAUUUACUGAAUUAUUUGCAUGAUGCUAUUAAGAAGAUUGAAAGACAUUAUGGAUUAGGAAAGCACUAUUUUUGGAAUGUACCAGAAUAUUAUCCAGAGUACAAAGUACAGAUGGACGAUCUUAAAAUUUUGAGGCAAGAUAUCAUUACUGAGGAAAAUGAAGUCCAAGAAGAGAUAAUAUCAAACAAUGCUGAUAAGAAGACCCCUACUACAUUGGAGUAUGGUAAUAAUAUAUUGAAAUUGUCCCAGCUUUGGAGAAACAACUCUAAAAAAGAGAAAAAGAAGGCUAUGGAAACUAAGAUGAUCGAGGAAGAGGUUGCGCAAAUUAAAGAAGCAAGGCGAUUAGAAGAAGAAAGAAAGAUCAGAGAGAACAAGCUCCAACAAGAACGAAUAGAAAUCCAGAAUAAAAAAAUGUUGGAGCUGAAGAUCAAAGACCAAGUCGAAACGGAAGUCAAUGCGAAGUUGGAACAAGAAGAAAGAAGGCGGAAGAAAAUGGAAUGUGAAUUAGAACGUAGGAGGAAACAACAAUUAGCUAAACAAAAAGAGAAACAAGUUAUUGUUGAAGGAUCUGAAGCAUAUCGUAGUAGUCGUUCGAAGAGUCCAAGCCCGCCAAUACGGACCAAAACGUUAGGUAGAAGAAGUGUAGACGUCAAGAGACGGUCUCAUGAGUUAACAAUGAGCAAUUCAGAAUCACUAAGGAGAAGGUCAUUUGAUAUUAAGACAAAUCCAAACAUUUCAGGAAAAAAAGAUCCAAUACUAUCACAGGAAAGGAAUAAUGAUAUUGGAAUAGCGGCUAUAGUUGCAUGGCAAAAACAUGCUCAACUAGAAGUUCCGAAGAAGACGUUACCAUCUAUCAGCCUUCAGAAUAAUAAUCGUAAACAAUCAACAAAAGCGGUAAGUCCAGGAACCCAUAACAGGCCUCGACACAGUAAACCAAGCAUGGCGAAAAUGCAUGGGACGAAUACCCAAACUAAAAACCUAGGUUCUAAAGAUGCAAGGAUAAACAACGCAGAUAUAGAACGUUCUGGUAUUAAAACGACUGUUAAUAGACGUCCUUCAUCACGCAAGCAAGUACACGAAAGGAAACUUCCAGCAGUACUAAAGGAUGAGGUCGACAAAACGCAAGAGAUACCAGAUAAAGCACGAGAAACAUCUCUUCUUGACCAGAGGAUAAAAUAUAUUAUGACCACUUUACAGGGUGUUGAUGAAAGAGCAUGCGAACAAAUAAUAAAUGAUAUAUUAAUUAUGGAUGAAAAAAUCCAUUGGGAUGAUAUUGCGGGACUUAAUAACACGAAGAAUAUACUCAAAGAAACUGUUGUGUAUCCAUUUUUACGUCCAGAUCUUUUCAAAGGGUUAAGAGAACCAGUAAGAGGCAUGCUAUUAUUUGGCCCACCAGGGACUGGAAAAACUAUGAUUGCCAAAGCUGUUGCUACUGAAUCUCAUUCUACGUUUUUCAGCAUUAGUGCAUCUUCAUUAUUAUCAAAAUAUCUUGGUGAAUCAGAAAAAUUAGUUCGAGCGUUAUUCUAUAUGGCGAAACGAUUAUCUCCUUCCAUUAUUUUCCUUGAUGAAAUUGACUCUUUAUUGACGACAAGGUCAGAUAAUGAAAACGAAUCCUCUAGAAGGAUUAAAACAGAGUUAUUAAUCCAAUGGUCAUCAUUGUCAAAAGCGAUUCCCCAUUCUGAUCCCAAUGGAAAAAGUAAUAAUGUUUUACUUCUUGCCGCAACAAACCUUCCUUGGGCCAUUGAUGAAGCAGCGAGAAGGAGAUUUUCUAAGAGAUUAUAUAUUCCAUUGCCUGAUUCUGAAACUAGACUUUAUCAUCUGAAGAAAUUGAUGAGUUCACAGAAAAACAUCUUAACCGUGUCGGAUUUUAAGAUAAUCUCCAUAGCCACAGAAGGGUUUUCUGGGUCCGAUAUUACUGCCUUAGCGAAAGAAGCAGCUAUGGAACCUAUCCGUGAUUUGGGGGAUGAGUUGAUGAAUACUAAUUUUGAUACAAUUCGAGGUGUUUCUAAACAAGAUUUUGAUACUGCAUUAUCAACAAUUAAAAAGAGCGUAUCGAAGGAGUCCCUAAGUCAUUAUGAGCAUUGGGCUUUGCAAUUUGGUAGUACAGGUUCUUAG